GAGUCGAGUCAGAGGAGGGCAACGCCAGCAGUUAGCAUAGCUACUAGCAAUGGCUUUUCAUAACAACACCUCUGCUCUUCGCCGCUGUCAUCUGAACACCAUCUAUGAGUUUUUCCGCGCAUGAAGACAUAAUCGCCGACAAUCAACCCAGCGGACGUGCUUUGCGACAGAGAGCGCUUUUUUCGCCAGUAUGCGAUGGGGACAGACAGCUGUGGAUUUCUACACGCAUCUUUGCUGGCGGCGGCUGCUGAAGCGGAGGAUGCUGCUAGGCUAGCGAGCUAGGCCUUCACAUCCCAACAGAAAUCCUUCAAUACCGACCCAGACAGCAACUUGCAUUCAAAAAACGGGAACGAUAUUUGCACUUAAAUGAGAGUUUGAGCAUUUCUCCAGCUCUCGUUGUAUACCGGAGCUUCGGCGACCUGUGCGCUUUUGUUUGUUGAUAGCCGCUAGCUAGCCGAACAUCGAGCAGCGGAUCCGCUAUCUUGCUUGAUUAUCGAGCAGUUUAUUUUCUCCAGUACGGUUUUUAGGACAGCGGGUGAACCCCCCGAGUGGGUUCUGGGGAAAGCUAGGACGACUUCAGGGUUGUGUGUUCAUGAUACAGUUCGGCAGUGUGAAUGUGGGACAAAAUGGAGACCCCGAAGAUUCUGUACGAUUUGGACACGUCUGGGGGCCUAAUGGAGCAAAUUCAACAGCUCCUCGCACCUCCACGCUCCGAGGAUGGAGAAAAGAGACGCAAACCCGAGAGGGAAACUAGAAGAGGAGGCCGAGCCACGAAUCAUGACACCUGUGACAGCUGCCGUGAGGGAGGAGAUCUGCUCUGCUGUGAUCACUGUCCCGCUGCCUUUCACUUGCAGUGCUGUAAUCCACCUUUGAGCAGAGAGAUGUUGCCCCCUGGUGACUGGAUGUGUCAUCGCUGCAGUGUGCGCAAGAAGAAGCGUGAGCAGAAGGCGGAGCAUGUAAACGGAGCAUUGGAGCGGCAGUUAUCCAAACGGUCCUCUUCUCCUGCAGCAGAGCUGGAGCUUGGAACCCUGCGUCUAGACGGCCUGCCCUCAGCUGCAUCAGGAGGUCUCCGACUCGCUGUUGCACAGGUCCGUCUUCUGGAGCGUCGCACAAGCAGCCGUCCUGGAACACCCACUUCCAAUGCAUCCACUGAUACACCUACACCCUCAGAACACAAUGACGUGGAUGAGGACCUGAUGGAUGUUGAAGAGGAAGUGCAGGGCUCUGAAUCUGAGAGCGCCACACCUCGUCUGAAAAAACCCUUUCAGAUGCUGAUCGCUGCCGCAAUGGAGAGAAACCCCACACAGUUUCAGCUGCCCAGUGAGCUUACGUGCACCACUUCACUGCCAGGCAGCAGUAAGCGCCGAAGGAAAGAAGAGGCAAUAGGCAAGAAUAUGAAGAGACCACAACAUGAGCUGGAUCCCAGUGGGCUGGUCCCUCUGCCAGUGAAAGUGUGCUUCACCUGUGGCAAGAGCUGCAGGGUGGCUCCUCUGAUCCAGUGUGAUUACUGUGCGCUUCUCUUCCACAUGGACUGUCUGGACCCCCCUCUCACUGCCAUGCCCACUGGGAGAUGGAUGUGUCCCAACCACGUAGAACAUAUGGUGCUAAACCAAAAGAACGUGACCCUCAGCACGCGUUGCCAGGUCUUUGAUCAUUUCCAGGACCGAUUGUCACAACAUGCUGUCAAAGUGGACUUCCUGCGGUGGGUUCACCGCCAGCAUCAUCCCAACCGCAGGGGUGUUCGGCACAUCAAGAAGAAGACAUUGAAGGUCCCCAAUGCCAUUAAGAGUCACUACCAAAAUCCCCCUCUGCUGAUGGAUCAAGUAGGCAUUCGUAACGGUGAGCUGGUCCCAAACGGUUUCAUGGAACGAAAAUGUUCUUCAUCUACCCAACAUUUAACCAGUGAAGAGGAGCAAGAGGAGUGGCUUCGUCAUGUCAUUGCACUUCAGUGCAGUAUUAUGAAACAUUUAUCUGCUAAGCAGAUGUCAUCUUCAGAUCUAUCAGAUGCAAAGACGCAGGAGUGUAUGGAGACACAGGAGCUCAGCUCUCAGGACUCUGAUUGCUUGCAGAGCAGCAGUAAAAAAGUUGGCCCCCAGGGGGCUCUAGUGCUGCCCUCUAUUGCUCCCAAACAUCCUGAGAGCUGCAAUGAACAAUCUAGUCAGGGUGAUGCUGACAGUCCAACAGAGAAGGGCACAGGAGUGAAUGGGCCGGUGGCAUGUGAAGGUGACACCUGUACGACAGCUGAAACCUCACACAAGGCCAGCAGCCCCUCUAGACGACAGAAUCUUGAAGCAGCCCUGCCCAACCAUGUAGACAUAAAGACUGAGAGCAGCAGUCAUUUCAGCUCCUGUAUGCAGAGAGAUAGUCCAUCUACCAGCCUGCUAUCAGACUCGCCUGCCCGUCAUCACAGCUCAACUCUUGGGAACUCUUCCUCAGGGCUGAACAGCAGCUUGUCAUCUCAAUCUAAAGAGAACAAAGUGAGUCCUGACUUAAUGUCUACUGGAAAAGGCUCAACGCUCCCGUCUUCAAUAGGCAGCUUAUACAGCUACAUCAAGAAUGUGGUUCAAGGCGAUGCAGAAGUGGACAUGAAUAAGCUGGAUGAGGAGUUGAUCAGACUUCUGGCUUGGCAGAGGAUCCAGCAGCUGUUGUCUCCCAAAUCACUUCAAGCCUCGAGUAAAUGUGGGACUCCUCCAGCCGCCACUGCCUCUCUGUCCAAACCCUCUCCGCAUGCAGACGCACAAAAAAGGGACGUACAAGCUCGAGCAGUACUGUGUCCUUUAACAGGAAAGGGGGCAGCUAUCAACAUGUGCUAUAGAACUCUGUACAUAGGAACAGGUGCUGAAAUGGAUGUGUGCCUUACAAACUACGGUCAUUGCAAUUAUGUUUCUGGGAAACAUGCCUGCAUCUUUUAUGAUGAAAACACGAAGCAUUAUGAGCUUCUGAACUACAGUGAACAUGGGACAACUGUAGAUAAUGUGCUUUACUCGUGUGACUUCUCCGACAAACCAAACAUCACGUCACCUAGUGCACUCGCAUCCAAAGUACAAAACAGCAUCAGAGGCAACAAGUCAAGGAAGCCGCUUGGAGAGGUGUCUGCAGAGCCUGUGCUGGUACCCACAGAUAGCAUGAUGAGCAGCCUGGCUCAAGGAGGACCCAAAAACCCUUGCAACUGUAAAGCCAGCAGCUCAAGCCUGAUAGGGGGCAGCGGAGCCGGCUGGGAGGGCACAGCUUUGCUUCACCACAGCAGCUGCAUCAAAGUGGGAUGCUUGCAGUUCCUAUUCAGCAUAGCGGAGUUUGCUGGGAGCCAACCCAAAAAAGAGGAUACGUCCAGCACCGUUAGCCAAGAAGAGACUCAAGUGGUUGACGUACAAACUCCUAAACUCCACCAAAUGCCAGUGCUACAGUCUAAGUCUGUAUCAUAGCCCAUUCUCUUUUAUAUAUAUUAAAAAAACUACUAUGGACUGCAAGUUUGGAAUAGAACAUCUUUGAUAAAGCGGUUAUUUCAUCCGUUCGUACUGAGGUAUUUUGGAGGAUGGGUGUUAUGGACAAAGUGUUUGCACAUUACAUUUCUAUCAUUUUUUUAUGCAAAACCCUUUUGACUGAGGAGCAGAUGAUCGUCCUAUAAACCUCACUUGUCGACACCACACCCUGUAUAUUUUGUGUCGGUACAAGGGGUUUUUAUGUACUCUUUUGAACAAUAUAUUUACUCCAAAAUAUUUUAUUUUGUUAUAAAAAUGUAUUGUUCUUUUUUCUGCAGAUUUUUGCACACUAGGUAACUAUAUGCAGAAGUGCAUACAUGUGCAAAUACCAUCGUAGGAUUUAUUAGCGGAAUCAUCGAGCAUUCUGGUUUUCCUCUGGAACUGUCCAUUUCUCUGUAGUGUUAGAGCCUCUACAGCCUUAGUUGUGAAGUUCAUUUGUGUAUAAAGCUAGUCGUUUAACUAAAUUGUCUCUUUUUGGUCAUGUACAUGUGACUAAAGUGUCAUUUUGUCAGCAAGAAAAUGUCUGACAUGUAUGUCAUUACAUUGUAAAUAUAUAAAGAUUUUUAAAUAACA